CUGAUUGCAGCAUCAAAAUAACCGAACUCUGGACGACGCAUCAACUAAUUAACCAUUCAUAAAUACUAAAAGCGCACACAGACCAGACGUCAUUAUAAAAUGCAGUUCUCGUGGAUGAAACUGGCAAUUUAUUUGCUCACAUUUCUCACAUACGCAUACUCGGGCUACGGAUCAAGUACAAUUGUUCAUCUACGCGAUGCAAUCAUUGCGGCCGAGGCAAUUUUCGGUGACGUCUUCAAGAAUUUCAUUACAAUUGUGCGCAAAUUUCGUACCGUACACGAAGUCUUCGAUGCGGCUGUUGAGGAAACUUGUGUGUUUCAAUGCCCCAUACCCGAUGGCGGUGGCACGGCACCACGAGCCGUGCAGAAUAAGUUCUAUGUGCCCACCGCUGACGGUUGCGGUUCUUUGGGCUUGAGAAUCAGCACAGAAUACUUACCUGCCGCGGAAAUGGAGACUUGCUGCAAUGAUCAUGACAUUUGUUAUGAUACCUGCAAUAGCGAUAAGGAGUUGUGUGAUCUGGAUUUCAAGCGUUGCCUUUACAAAUACUGUGACAGUUAUGAAAAGUCCAUUGCCAGUGAUUUGAUGACCAAAGGAUGCAAAGCAGCGGCCAAAAUGCUUUUCACAGGCACCUUGACUCUCGGCUGUAAGGCGUAUUUAGACUCGCAGCAACGUUCCUGCUACUGUGCGCCUAGCAAACCAUCGAAUUAUAAUGGAGGAAACAGAUAUGCCAAUAGUAAAGAGAAGCAACAACGUCAGAAAUACGGCUGGAAGGAUCGUAAUGAAAUUUAGCAUAGCCUCAAACAAUCAUAUGCGUUAUAUGUUGUAGUUUGUAGAUGUUUCGUGUUAGUAUUUUCAUACACUUUUGGUUGCCUCCCACUUGACGAAUUUGAUUAAAUACCAAAUACAUAUUUUACAUUUCA